AUGGCCUUUGCAGCCUCCCUGGCUGAGCUCCAGGCAGAGGCCAGCUGUCCCAUCUGCCUCGAUUACCUGAGAGACCCAGUGACCAUUCACUGUGGGCACAACUUCUGUCUGUCCUGCAUCCACCAGCGCUGGGAAGACCUCCAGGACAUCUUCCCCUGUCCUGUGUGCCUCCACCACUGCCCUGACAGGAACUUGAAGAAGAACUCCCAAUUACGUCACAUGACUGAAAUUGUUAAGCAGCUGCCCACCACGAGGAGCAAGAGGAAAGGGCAGGAAGAGACGCCCCUGUGCGAGAAGCACAAUCAGGUUCUGGGCCUGUUCUGCGAGGAGGAGCUGGAGCUGUUGUGUCCCCAGUGCGGGGUGUCCUCUGACCACCGGGAUCACCUAGUGACACCCAUUGAGCAAGCUGCCGCUAGUCACAGGAGGAGGCUCAAAAGCUACAUUGAGCCCCUGAAGAAGCAAGUUGAAGACGCUGAAUUGGAGCAUGAAAUCCUAGUUGCAAAAUCUCCUAUUGAAGUUCAGCAGAAGAUGAAAAAUUGGAGAGGAGAGUUACACUCUGAGUUUGAGGAACUUAAGGAUUUCCUGAGAAAGGAGCAAGUUGCAAUUCGUGGCAGGCUGCUUAUGCAAAAGAAGGACGUUGAAGACAAGCUAUCCCAAUACCAAAGCCAAAUUUCAAACCAUAUGUCCAGCCUACAAAAUCUGAUAAGUGAAAUAACAGAGAAACGUUUCCAGGGAGACCUGGCAUUCCUGACGGACAUUGAAAGGAUCUACAACAGGUAUGAACAGCUAAAAGCCCCAGAAGACUUUUCAUAUGAAUUAAAGGAAGAGAGUUGCAAUUUCCCUCCACAUUAUUUUGGCCUGCAAAAAAUGAUCAGUACAUUUCAGGUAGAUUUGACAUUAGAUCCUGAAACUGCCCAUCCAAAUCUUAUUAUCUCAAAAGAUAGAAAAAGUGUGAUAUAUAGAACGAUGAAACCAAGCUGUCUUGACAAUCCUGAAGCAUUUACUUCUUACCUGGCUGUCCUGAGUUGUGAAGGAUUUGAUGCUGGCAGGCAUUUUUGGCAGGUCGAAAUAAGAGGCACAGGUGAAUGGUGCUUAGGUGUAUGUAAAAAUUUCCCCAGAAAUGCUCUUAUACCACCAUGCCCAAAGGAUUUGUGUGGGCAAUUCCAGCAGGGCACUAGGACUUGUGGUACAGGGUACACAGGACACAUCAUGCGGAUAGGUGUUUUUCUGGAUUAUGAACUGGGAGAAGUUUCAUAUUAUAAUUGGCACAGCAGGUCAUAUUUGUAUACGCUCACUGAUACAUUUACAGGAAAACUUAUACCUUACUUCUCUGUUGGGCUUUCUUCAAGAUCUCUUACAAUCAGUAUUGUCCUAGAUGAAUGA